UCUCUCUUCUCCCCUAACUCUUCUAUUUAUAGCAACACCCCACACUCCAAGUUCUACACCAUCCUCUUUUCAAAACCCACCAAACACCAAGCCCCUUCUCAUCAGUUUCCUCAAUGAAUUCCUUUCUCUCCCUAACAAAAUAAAUCCCACCAAAAAGACCAAACCUUUUCACUUCCAAAGCUCUCUCUCUCUCUCUCUCUCUCUCUCUCUCAAGUAUCAAAGUAUAUUAGAGACACAAAACAUAAAAUCAUUAAAGUGUGAAGAGAUCGACUAAAACCAUGAAUGCUUUUGAACCGCAGAGACAAGACUCCCUGAAAAGGAGGUGGCAGGAGGAGAGGAGGCAGCAACUUGGUGGUGGUGGUGGUGCAAUUACUCCAUCUUCUUCUCAGUUGAUCAGAAACCCUAACGGUGCUAGUCUCCACAACUUCCCGGGACUUCUUGAUGAUGAUCUCGUUUCCACGAUGGUCCCUCCGGUCACCGUCGUUCUUGAAGGCCGUUCUAUCUGCCAGCGUAUUAGUCUCCAGAAGCAUGCAAGUUACCAAAGUCUUGCCAUGGCCCUACGCCAAAUGUUCGUGGAUGGUAGCGAUGUGGGGGCUGUUAAUGACAAGGACCUUGAUCUUUCAAAUGCUGUUCCUGGUCAUGUGAUUGCUUAUGAAGACAUGGAAAAUGAUCUUCUUCUUGCCGGUGACCUUAAUUGGAAGGAUUUUGUGCGCGUUGCCAAGAGAAUUCGGAUACUACCAGCCAAGGGAAAUUCAAGGAGAGGGAGAAGGGGUGCAUAGCUAGCGUAUGCUGGAAUUUGGCAUUUUGCAGACGGUGUUGGCAAGAAAGUCAAGGAAGUUAUAUAUACAAGUCAUAAACGAGAAACUUGUGUCUCAUGGAAACAUGGAUUUUAAUGUCAUAUAUAGCUAGCUACUUCUUGGAAUCAUAUGUAUUUUUCCCAAUGAAAUGUAAAGCAGGCUCACUUAUUUCCUUAUAAUUUUAUGAAUAAAAAACCUUUUUCUC